AUGUCUAAGUUUCUUUCUCUGGCGAUGUUGGCAGUCUUGGCUGUGUGUCUUCAACGCUGCGAGGGCACCAUUUGCAUGGAUUGUGAAGAUAUGAACUGUGUAGAGCCAGAUUGUGAGUACGGGACUAUACUAGACGAGUGCGAUUGUUGUAAGGUCUGCACUAAGGGGUUGGACGAGCUGUGUGAGGGGCUAAUGGAGAAUUACGGCAAGUGCUCUGAAGGUCUUUAUUGUGAGAAACCAGUCUGCAAAAAGGGGAAAACCAGCUGUGCAUCACUGCCCGGAUACUGCAAGCCUGAGCAGUAA